CUCUCUCAAGUUUCCGCGUGCGUACAAUCUGUUAUUCUUACCUCUUCUUUUCUUCCCCCUCCCUCUAGCAUUCUCCCUUUGCUUCUCCUACCCGUUACAUAUUUCUAUUUUACUUCGUCCUUUUUGCUCGAUUUUAUCUCUUCCUUUUCAUUUCAAUUACGAAAAUUCCCAAUCGUAUAAUGAUGGAAGAAUGGAUAUACGAAAGUUUAUCUAGUUUAUUGGACUUCCCAGUUCCAGAAGAAUUAAUACACUAUAUUUUAAAAAUACGGAAUGAAAGAGAUUUAGAUGAAUAUCUUAAAACUUUAUUGGAUUUGAAAAAUCCAAAACAUAAACAAUUUAUAACAGAAUUGAAGAAAAAACAAGCUGCUUUUUGUAAUGAUCCAGCUGGAUAUAAGAAAACAAAUGAUAAUAAUGAAGAUUGUAAGAAAAAGCAAAAUGAAAAAAAAAAGAAUAAGACUAAAAGCAAAGAAAACAUACAGGUUCAAGAAAUAAAAACAGAUAAAACAGAAAAAAAGAAACCAAAAUUUGUAAACCUGUAUUCACAAGAAGGACGUGAUAGAGAAACUGUUUUAUUAAAGGGUAGACAUAAAUGUGAUUGUGAAGCAAGAAAGCAUUCUCUGAUAAAUAAUUGUACUAAUUGUGGUAGAAUAGUUUGUUUUCAAGAAGGAUCUGGUCCAUGUUUCUUUUGUGGAACAUUGGUAUGUUCUCGCGAACAACAAGCUAUACUUUCUAGUAAUACAAAGCAAGCUGAUGAUUUAUAUAAUAAAUUAAUGGAUCGGAAACCCAAUAAGGGUUUGGAAGAAUCUAUUAAACAACGCGAUAAACUUCUAGAAUAUGAUCGUAAUAGUGCACGACGUACGAAAGUAAUUGACGAUGAAUCAGAUUACUUUCAAACAAACAGUACAUGGCUCACAUCUGCAGAACGAGAAAGAUUACGGAAACGUGAAGAAGAAAUCAGUGCCCAAAAACAUGCAUCUCGUUUAAGUAGAAAAGUAACUUUAGAUUUUGUUGGUAGAGAAGUAUUUGUUGGUCACGAGGAGAAUAGUGAAUUCAAUGAAGAUCAACUUGAAGAUCUAUAUGAAAUGAUGUUGCAUACUGAUCCAGAAAAUAGCAAUAUUUAUCCAAACAUAGAUUUCACCAGUCCAAUGUAUAUUAAACAAGAAGCGAAGCACUCUAUUAAUAAACAAAUAUUGAAUAUAAACGCAAACAGUAAAAUUCAGGACAAAGAAUAUUUGGAACUAACAGAUCAAGGUUUAUGUUUAAGUAUGCAUCAGCCAUAUGCUUCACUGUUGGUAGCAGGGAUAAAACUUCACGAGGGUCGAACAUGGUAUUCUUCUCAUCGAGGAAGAUUGUGGAUAGCAUCAACAGCUAAAACACCAACUAAAGAAGACAUUUCAGAAGUAGAACAUAUGUAUCGUGUUUUAAAAGAUGAGAAAAUCAAAUUUCCGGAAAACUAUCCUACUGGUUCUUUGUUAGGCUGUGUAACAGUUAUUGACGUUUUGUCUCAAGAACAGUACAGAAAAAUGUAUCCUGAAGGAGAAAGUGAAAGUCCUUAUGUUUUUAUUUGUGAGAAUUGUUAUACUCUUCCUAUCAAAUUUCCUAUACAAGGAAAACAUAAGAUCUAUAAAUUAGAUAACAAAAUUCAUCAAGCUGCUACGAAAUCUUUAGAAAAAGUUAUAAAGGAGAAAAAAGAAUGAUUUAUUACAUUUUCUAAUUUAAAUAUGUUUAUGCAUUUAUAUAUUUAAAGAUAUAAUUUUACGCACAUAUGAUAAUCUUAUAUAGAUCAAAUAAAUACAUUUUUAGAAUCAAAUAACGUUAUAAAUACCAAUUAAUUACUUUAAUUUUUCCCAAAAUAUUCAUGAUU